CAGGGAAAACCAAAACCUCUACUGUGUCUGGUGGCCUGGCAACAGUAAGGAAACAAUUUGAGAAAGGGAAGAUGACCUCUUCAAACAGGACCUUUGCUCAACAUCAGCACCAGCAGAAAUCUGCACAGGAAGCAUCUAGUAUCAAUCAGCCUAAAAUAUCAAACGGCACCAGGGAAGCUGAAUGCAAUGGAAUGAUCUCCAAAGAAAGUCUAGUGGAAGUGUUUCAAAAACAAGAGGUUUCUCUUGGGGAGCAAGGAACAUCUGAGACAAACAAGGCUUCUACAUUUACGCAGAGCACUGAUGAAACAGUAACCAAUGCAGUUAUGAAUGAGGACUUCCCCAAAAUUUCUACACAGAUUUUAAAACAGCAGUUUGAAAUGACAGCUCAGGAAAACACCGUUCCCUCUGACAGAGAGACUGCAACACCUGCAAAAAAUGUACAGGUUUGUGCUUUUCAUAAGAGGAAUCUUUAUGCUAAUGAGAAGUGUGGAAGUUGACACAGUAGUCCAUUAUACAGUUUGAAUUUUUAUUUUCACUAUAUAGUUGCAAUUAAAAAAGAGAACUGUAAAAGUGGUGGAAAUCUAUGGAGUAUAGGAGCCCCAGGCACACACAUUAAAGGACCUUUGACAUUCAACAAGUACUUCUACUACAUGACAAAUGCAACUGAAUGUAGAACUCAAUAAAAAC